AUGGAUGAAAAAAAUAACGAUAUAAAUGAUGAAACUGAAUGCAUAAAGGAGACAACUGUGAAAGUGGUGGAUCAAGUGAAGGAAAAGGAAAAUGAACCUACUAACGAUUUGCCUUUAGAGAAAAAAAGGAAAGAACACGCAAGCAACGAUGAUUUACCAGAUCCAAAGAAAAUGCCCUUGAUCGAAGAAAGCGAAGAAGAAAAUGAGGGAGAGAAAGAGGAAAUAGAAGAUCCAUACCUACUAAAAGACGCGAAAUAUAUAAAAAAGAACAAAUUAUGGAAAACGAAACAAAGGGUCCUAAUCGUAAGAUCACCAUUAAAAAAAAAAAACUGUCAAUCAUUUGUUGACAAUUUAAAACUAUUAUUACCUCAUCAUAAAAUGGAGAGUAAAUGGAGUAAAAAAGGGAAAAAAAUAGAUUUAAGUAAUAUAUGCUAUAGUCGAAAUUGUAAUAAUUUAAUAUUUUUUGAUAUAAAAAGAAAUCGUUAUUGUUUAUGGAUAUGUAAAAAUAUAACUGGCCCAUCAUUAUACUUUGAAAUAUUAGAUUAUAUACCAUUGCACAGUUUAUCAUUCCCAGGAAAUUGUUUAUUAUAUUCUCGCCCACUUUUAAUAUUUAGCAAACAAUUUGAUGAAUUAGAGCAUUUAAAAUUAAUAAAAGAAAUAUUUAUACAUGUAUUUGGAACACCUAAAUACCACCCACUAAGUAAACCAUUUUAUGAUCAUUGUUAUAAUUUUUAUUAUAUUAAAGAUUUAAUUUAUUUUCGCCACUAUCAAAUUCUACCUACAACAUUAGCUGACUCGAAUAAUAUUAACAAGCAAAAACUAGUGGAAAUAGGCCCACAAUUUACAUUACAUAUUAUAAAAAUUUUUGACCAAUUUUUUAAAGGAAAUGUUAUAUAUGAAAAUUUGAAAUAUAAAAAUUGUGAAACAUCAAAACAGAAAAAAAUUAAACAAAAUAUUAAAAAAAAAGUUACUAGUAUCAAAAAAAAAAAAUCAUAUGUGAGCAGAGUUAAGUUCAUUCACACCCCAAUAAAAACAGACAUCGAUUUUUAG